GACUGCAAAGGCACAGUUUGUAAGCCCGUUUUUGAAGACCUGAUGGCAUCACUAUGGGAUCUCCUGUGGCCGGCGUUAGCCAUUCUGCUCAUUGGCAUUUGCCUGCUGCUGGCCUGGGCAGUUUGCUACCAGUUCUUCACAACGGAAGUUCCUCCAGGAAUCUGUCAGCCUCUGAAGAUCAGAAUAGUGCAUAUCACAGCGUCCAUGGGCUUCGCACUGGAGUAUAUUUUCUGGAAAAUGGGUCUCUGUAAAGCUUUUACCAUUUUGAGGAUCCUGGUAGAUGGAAUUCCACCAAUGGCAGACCCAAGUCUAUUUAUCAAGAAUGUACACUUUGAAGAUGUACCGGUGAGGGUCUACAAAGCCAAAAGGCAUUCUCCUGAGAAGAGGAAAGGAAUCGUGUUUUUUCAUGGAGGAACUGGCGCGAUUGGAAGCAUUGGUAUCACCUGGCUCCAGAGUAUCAAUAUCCCACACAGUUCAGAGAAUGCCUGAGUGCUGCUACAUUCUUUAUGAAGACUGCAGAGAAAUACGGAGUCGAUCCGACUCAGAUUAUAAUUAGUGGAGAUUCCUUCGGAGGCCUGUUUGCUGCUUACGUGGUUCAGGAACUGGUGAAGAGACCACACCUUCCCAAACCACGUGCUCAGAUCUUGAUCUGCCCUUUGGUCCAAUUUCUGGAUUUCAAUUUGCCCUCUUACCAACAAAACCAUUUUGUCCCCAUCAUGCCCCGCAGAGUUUUCCUGUUCUUUAUUUCACAGUACCUCACCAUGAGCAGUACCGUGUUGGAAUACCUAGACAAUGACUCACUAUUCCCCAAAGAGGUGAUAAUGAAGUGCCAGAAAUGGCUACAUUUGGAUCGUAUCCCAAAGGAAUUGCUAAUGAGAGGCCCCGUUCAGGAGAUCUCAUCGGCCACGUCCCCAUUCCAUGACAUAGAUUUCGUCAUUAAGACUUUAUGCAAAUCAAAAAUGAGCCCACUUCUGGCUGAAAAUGUUGUCAUUUCCCACCUCCCUGAUACUUUCAUUUUAACCUGUGAAUUUGAUAUUCUGAGAGACAAUGGGCUCUUGUACAAGAAACGGCUAGAAGACAGUGGUGUCCAUGUGUCCUGGUGCCAUCUCAAGGAUGGAUUUUAUGGGGUAUUCUACUUUUUCAAUCAUUGGUUUUUAUCUUUCCCGUGCUCCGGCGUAGGAGUAGACCACGUAUUGAAGUACAUCAAAAGUUUAUAAAUGUGUAAUAUUCAGAAGUUCCCUGUGUUGGGUACUUUUCCCCUUUCCAGGAAUAGAGAAGUGUUAAAUGUUGUUGU